AUGGCAUCGGUGCCACCUCCUCCAUCAGCUGUAGUUCCUCCUCCUCCUCCACCUGCAAGCGUACCGAAGCCAACAGGAUCCUCACAUGUGACAACAAGCAGUAGUUAUCAACCACCGCUUUCAUCAGUUCCUCCUCCUCCGCCUGCAAGCGUGCCGAAGCCAACAGGAUCCUCACAUGUGACAACAAGCAGUAGUUAUCAACCACCGCUUUCAUCAGUUCCUCCUCCUCCGCCUGCAAGCGUGCCGAAGCCAACAGGAUCCUCACAUGUGACAACAAGCAGUAGUUAUCAACCACCGCUUUCAUCAGUUCCUCCUCCUCCGCCUGCAAGCGUGCCGAAGCCAACAGGAUCCUCACAUGUGACAACAAGCAGUAGUUAUCAACCACCGCUUUCAUCAGUUCCUCCUCCUCCGCCUGCAAGCGUGCCGAAGCCAACAGGAUCCUCACAAGUGAUAACUAACAGCUAUUAUCAACCAUCACUUUCAUUGGUUCCUCUUUCGGCUACUGAAGUGGUGUCAUCAAAAGAUUCUGCGCCAACAGCGAUUCCCAUGGUACCAGCUCUCCUAACAGCACCCACAGCAGCAAUGACGACUUCAUGGAUUACACCUCAACUACCGUUGGUUAAUGCUCUACCCACAUAUAUACCUGUAGUGCCUUCUGUAGUUAAUUAUAAUGAAAAGAUAGAGCAUGUUGUGGUGCCAGCUGUUCGUGGGGUGUCCUCUCCAAGCGUGAAAAAGGGUUGGGAACGACGUAAAGGGGAGCAUCAUGCGAGGCCAUCUAUGCAAUCGUUCAAGAAUCAAUACUUGUGGAAACCGGCUCCAUCAGCUGAGAUAACUAAGGAUGAAUCAUGGCGCGGGGUGUAUUGGGAGCAUUUGGAUGUACACCGGUAUAUCGCAAGGCGCUACCGCGGGAUCCCGCCACCUAUAGAGUAG